AUGGAAAACCAGAUAAGCCAACUUGCCAAUCAAGUUAGCCAAUCUUUAAAGAUUCCAGGAACUUUUCCGGGCCAGACAGAACAACCUCAAAAAGGCCAAAUGAAUGUUGUUACCCUGAGGAGUGGAAAUCAAUUGGAAGAUCCUCCUACCAAGGAGCCAUCAAAGGAGGUCGUUGAAGAAGCAGGUGCAAGUCAGAAGGAAGUUGACAACUCUAGGGUCGAGGAUGAAUCAAAGGAAGCACCACCAAAUCCACUUGCUCCGUAUGUGCCUAAGGUUCCUUUUCCUCAAAGGUUAGCCCAAGCUAAACUUGAGAAAAAGUCCAAUGCCAUAUCUGAGAUGCCUUCUUAUGCAAAAUUCUUAAAAGAUAUGCUAUCUAACAAGAAGAAAUUAGAAGAGAAUACUACAAUUGCUUUGAAUGCAGAGUGCAGUGCUAUUUUGCAGAAUACUCUCCCUAAGAAAUUAGGAGACCCAGAUAGCUAUUCGAUUCCAGUGAAGCUUGGAGAUAUCGAAAUUAACAGGGCAUUGUGUGAUCUAGGUGCAAGUGUAAGCCUCAUGCCAUCACUUUCAUUCCUCACUUUGCCAUUUUUAAGAGAAAGUUCUUGA